UGUGUUUUAACAUUACUCUUUAGUUUCUUUGACUUUUCUAAGUUUCACUUACUAACUACUACUACUUCUAUAAAGCAUAUCCCUAAAGUUUAAGGACUAACUAAGGGAGAGAGUUUUGAACUUUGAGAGCCAAAAGCUUGGAACUCUGAAGUUGUUGGAGGAACUUAUUUUCAGGAAAAAUAAUAUUAUGGCACCAGAUAAUAUUUCUUCUGCUGUUACUCUAUCGGAAACUGAAUAUGAGAUGGUGAAACACACAAUCGACAUUAAAGUCUUAGAAAAAUUAAGCUUAGCAGAGUGUAGCAUCUAUGAAGUUCCUCCCAAUCUUCGAAAAGUGAAACAAGAAGCUUACACUCCUCAAUUAAUCUCAAUUGGUCCAAUUCACCUUGGCAAAGAAGAACUUCAAUCAAUGCAACAACACAAGUUAAGGUACUUCCAUUUCUUUUUCGAGCGUCUUUUGCAAUCCAGUCAACAAUCAACGAUCAAGAAUUACAAAACCUAUCUCGAAAACGAAGAACAAAAUAUAAGAAACUCUUAUGCGAAGAAAUUUCCAUAUGACAUCAUCAGCAAAGAGAAGUUUGUGGAUACAAUUUUGUUGGAUGCUGUUUUCAUCAUGGAACUUUUGUUAAGAAACGGUUCAUGGAAAUCAGAUAAAUCGAAACAUGAACAUGAAUAUGUCGAAUCCAAGUCGUUUCGAGGGAAACAUAGUGAUGAUUACAUUCUCACACAAGAUUGGUUGUGUAAAAGCAUCACAAGGGAUUUGAUUUUGUUGGAAAAUCAAAUACCUUUUUUCGUGUUGAUGAAUCUCUACGAAACUGUUGUCCCUGAAGAGGUUAAAAAACAUAAAAGUUUUCUUGAUCUUGCACUUGAGUAUUUUGCAUUCUAUGAUACUCAAAAAUCGUCUUCGCACAAAACUAAGAAAUAUUAUUUUGGUGAUGUUAGUAGUGGUCCUAAGCAUUUCACCGAUUUGAUAAGGUUUUUUUACCUUCACCCUGAUUUAAGAAAAAGUGGUAGGGCUGAUAAUUUACCAAGAACGGUAACAAAGUUAAUGGACUCCGGUGUGAGUUUCGAGAAAGUUGUCAAGGGAAGAUUACUUGAUAUAACAUUUGAGAAAAAACCAUUUCUAAGUUAUUUUCUCUGCUUAGGUUGUUUACCUUCAUUUUCAUGUUUGAAUAAUUUCAAAGCACGUCUCAGAAUUCCACAGUUGAAGGUUGACCACACAACAGAAUGCGUUUUACGGAACCUAAUUGCGCUCGAACAAUGUCAAUAUCAAGAACAACCUUAUAUAUGCAAUUAUGUUUCACUUCUUGAUUCUCUUAUACAUACACAAGUUGAUGUUGAUUUUUUGGUUGAGAAAGAAGUGAUUGUGCAUGAAAUGGGAAGUGAUAAAGAAGUGGCAAUGCUUGUUAAUGGUCUUUGUAAACAUGUUGUGGUGAAUUCAACAUGUUACUAUGAGAUUAUUAAUGAGCUUAAUAAACAUUAUCAAAAUAUUUGGAACCGUACUAUGGCUGCAUUGUGGUUGGUUUAUUUUAGAGAUGCUUGGAGAUCAAGUUCUACUUUGGUUGGGCUUGCAUUUCUUGUUUACACUGCAUUCAACUUUGUUCGUCUUGCAAAAAUUCUCUUCUACUAGAAAGUUGAAAAUAUGUACUUCAUAGUUUGGAUUAUAUCAUAAUUAGAUUUGUGUGUGUGUGUUAUGUGUAGCUUGUUUAAUGCAUCUAUGGAUUAAUGAAUAAACAGUACGUAUCAAUGUGUCAUCAUAUAUGUAAUGUAAUGUAAUGUAAUGUAAGUUUUAAAUUUUGUAAUCUUUUUGGCACUAUAUAAUGGAAUGUGUAUCAUCUCCUUAAUUAUGAA